AUAAAUACGUGGUGGUGGUUUUAGGUUGAUACGAAAGGAAGGUCGUCGGUCUGGUUCUCGUGACUUUCCACCACAGUCUGGUCUUGCAUGCUCCUUGAUCUCGACCAAAGCUCCUGCUAGCUAGCUCUCAUACCCCUCGCUAUCGAACGGCCAGGGCGUGUGAGUGAGGCAGACGUCGAUGAGAUUCGGUCCGAGAUAUCACGACCACCAUCGACGAGCUCCGACCUCGACAUUCAACUCGAUUUCGACUUGACGACAUGACAACACCGCUCAGGAUGGCAGACAGUAAUAUCCCUACCGUACAAGCUCCUACCGCUACCAAACGACGACCCAUCCUCAGCUCGACCCCUUUCACUGCACCGCUCCGGACCACCUCUGAUAGCGAUACCGACCUCUCAUCCUUUUCCCUGGAGACCACCCUCGCUCACUUGGUCGAUUUCCUGGUCCACAAGCUCGAAGCAAUCUACCCACCACACCUCGUCCAGGCUUUGCGGAAUAGCAUCGUCUCCCACCUCACCCCAAAACUUGCACCGACAUGGGACCCGCUCAACCCAUCGUCCGGCUCGGGAGUCAGGUCGCUCAUCGCACUACCAGGCAAGUUCCCCACGCCGCUCGUCAAGGCCGCUCAGGAGGUCGGGAUCGAUCCGGUCAAGUGGACGAGGGCGAUCAGCGAGACGGGCGAGUGGGAGAUCUGGGUGGAUCCGGGUAGCGUCUGUUUCAGGGAAGGAGGGUGGGCUUUUGCGGAUGACGCUUUUGAGAACAAGAUGUACAAACAAACGCUUCAUACCGUCUGGCAUGCACCUCUAUCUAUCGAGACUUCGGACGACUUUGACCCGGGCAACUCGGAAGACUUGCCAUCUGUACCAGCUUCAUCCUCGUCGACCUCGAUGAAACGAUCGACCUUGCCCAUCCGUGCACCUGCCGUCUUUCGGAUCCCUUCCUCGCCCAUGCCGCUCGUCGAAGGCAUGCGGUCCUUGUCCCUACGCGCACAAAGCGAUAACAACAACAAAUCUACUACCGGCAUGGUGACAUCCACGAGCAAUUCAUUCGAUGUCGGUCGUCCGAUGGACAAUGGUAGACUCGGUGGUGGAGGUAGUAGUGGUUUCAUGAACUCGGCUGGUGGGAUCGCGAUGAUGGCCGGGUCAGCGCCGCUGAUCAAACGCAGCUUACCUAAUCAAACCAUGGACUCGUCGUCAUCCGCGUCGCCCUUCGGAUCCGCUUCCGCGUCGGGUCCUGGUUGGAAUACGGCAGGGUCUACCAGGUCGACCCCGCUCAAGGGAAAGAGGAUCGCACCGCAGGUCGUCGCCAUGCCUAUCGGAGAUGCCGCCGUAGGUGCGGGCAGACGAUCGGCGUCUCCGGUCUUGCCUUCGUCGCUGGCUCGAUCGGGCCACCUCGCUCACAUGGCCCAGACGCCUCGGUCCAUCUCGCUCGGUACGCCCGCCAACGCUUCCGACCUGCUAGCCUUGUUGAACCGCAAGCCGGAACCUCUCAAGGACGAGCAGAUCUCGUUUGGAAAGACGCACGCGACUCAACCUAGGACCCCACCGAGAGCGCCCGGACCGGCGUUCAUUCCUGAUACCCCUGGCUCGGUCGCGACGGUCAGACCCCGAUCGCCUUCGUCUGUCAUUGCGACAGCCGGUACGGCUACUUCGGCUGCCUCUUCUUCGCCUCGAACAGAUACGACCAACAGCCCCGGUACGGCAGCUCGUGUUCAAGGUUACGAUGGCGGUAACGUUGGCGUCUUGGGUGGAGGAGUCAAGCUCGGUGGUCACGGUGUGCCCAAGACGCCCAUCGUCGGUGGGAACAGGUCGAGAUCUGCCUCGGGUACUAGCGUGUUGAGCGGGAUGAGCGGUAGGCGGACCGUCUCCGGAUCGUCGUCUGUCAUCUCGGAGGAAGGGUCGCCUGAACACAAGACGGGCUUGGCCUCGCCGACCCCGGUCGAGUCCAGCCCAGUCGGCGGAAUCGUCCAUCCGCAUCAACCCAAGAGACGUCGAGGCAGACCUCAGAACCGACCUUAUUUUGGUGGAGCGUCGCCCAAAGGGGGUCUUCCUAUUCAACCGGGCACGGGGAUCGCAGGUCAACCUGGAUCGGGAACUUCGCCCAUGGGACCUCCUUUCCAGUACCACCAAAACAUGCCUUAUGGACAUGGUCAGAUGCCGGUCGGCCGACCUGGGUUCGGAUCCCCUCAGUCGGGACCUGCUCAGCCGGUCCCACCCAUCGCUAGCCCCGGCUCCCCUGGAAACAUCCCUCCUCCUCCUGCUUGGAAUAACGUUGGCCCCAUCAACGGCUUGCCUGCGAUGGCUCCUAAUCCGGGCGGAUGGGGCGUCAACCCGGCCGUACUCAACUCCGUCGCUCCUCCCAUCGGCGGGGGUGUACCCGGUCAGCCGGGAACGGGGUAUCAUGGCUUGCAGCAGCAUCAACAUCAUCAGCGCUCGCCGCAUCAUCAUCAUCAGAAUCAAUAUCAACAUCAACAUCAGAACCAGCAACUCAACCACAGUCCCAAUCAGAAUCGAGGGGGUCCUCACAUGAACGCUCACGUAGCCAAUGCGGCUGGGAUCAAUGUCGCCGCCUGGAACCUUGGGGUUGCUAGUGGUAUGAUCACUCAGCCGCAAAGUCAGGGUGGACCGAGGAGGUCUUAGUGGGCGCGACGGCGUCCUGGAUUGGACCGUGCUCAGCCAGUUUGCGACUCGAGCAUCGACGGCCCACACGGGAUCGCGCUGUCUUUCCGCCGACCAAUAUUUCGUCUUCACCAUCACGCCCAAUGAAUCAAUACAACAGAACCGUCCCGGGGAGUACGGACCCUCUUGAAAUGGCUCC